UGCGGACCGACCCUGAUGGCCCAGAAACGGGUUUCUGAGGUAAAUUUCUGCGGAUCGAAUGGCGGAGAGGAGAAAAACCGGUUUGCGCCCUCUGCUGUAGGGCUGCGGGGCAGGCCAGGCGGUAGCGCUUCAGGGAGAGAAGCGACCGGCGGAGCCAGUAGAAGGCGCUGUGGGAGCUGCCGGAGGGGCCCGGCGGAGGCGGGGUCAGAGGAGGGAGCGCGGCGGGGCGGGGCGCUCGUCUUCCCGCUAGCCGGGUACGUGGCGGCCCCGGGCGCGAGCCCCGGGCCGGGAGCACCCCCGGGGCUGGAGGCGGCCCUGCAGAAGCUCGCGCUGCGGCGGAAGAAGGUGCUGACCGCCGAGGAGAUGGAACUUUACGAGCUGGCGCAGGCGGCGGGUGGCGCCAUUGACCCCGACGUGUUCAAGAUCCUGGUGGACCUGCUGAAGCUGAACGUGGCGCCCCUCGCUGUCUUCCAGAUGCUCAAGUCCAUGUGUGCUGGGCAGAGGCUGGCGAGCGAGCCCCAGGACCCUGUGGCCGUGUCUCUGCCCACAUCGAGCGUCCCGGAGACCCGAGGGAGAAACAAAGGCAGCACGGCUCUGGGUGGAGGCCCAGCACUGGCAGAGCGUGGCGGCCGGGAAGGAUCCAGCCAAAGAAUGCCCCGACAACCCAGUGCUACCAGGCUGCCGAAGGGGGGCGGGCCGGGGAAGAGCCCCACUCGGAGCAGCACCUGAGACGGGCAGACUUCUCACGCCACCCAGCCGUGGGCUCCACCAGCCUCCUAGCAGAGGUUACGUGUGGUUUCCUCCGGUUGGUAAUAAAGCUUUGUGAAAAACC